AUGGCCCUAUAUUUUCUAUAUCCCGCUGUGGCUGCUCUGGCCCUAUUCAUUGUCGGUGUCAUUAUCAUAAUGUUGCGUUAUGGUCCACGUUUGUGUGGCCUGCGACAUCAUGCUCUGCCCGACAAUCAUGAUUUGAGGGAGAAAACCUAUGAGCAUGAGAUAAGCUAUGCAUAAUUCAUUAUUCUCAUUCUUUUAUCAAUUACCACUAACGUGUCUCUCUUUCCUAACCCCUUUAAAUGCUAAGCCUUUACUAACAAUUCAAUAUUGCACUUUAAAUGGCAGUACAAAUAUUUCCAUUACCAUUACAUUCCCCCAUUGACCAAAAUGUGCCUUUACAUAAUGUAACUCAUGCCGUCCAAUCUGAUGUGUCUCGUAUUAGUUUAGUAAGUAAUGCUGCAUUUAAAGCACUUUAUAUAUACAUGAUCUAUACAUUGAUCUAAUUGUCGCAGUCCGAAUAUCAAAAUUCUAAACUAUCAAUACAAACUCCAUACAUUUGUAUUUUGCCUUAUACAUAUUUAAAUUUAUAUAUACAAUAUAUAUUCUAUUCACACAACUUUGUCCAAAUAAACGAAAACUUUUUUGAAACACAA